AUGUCUCUCUAAGCUUGCUAUAGCAUUAAGAUGACGACAACCUUGUAUAUGAUAGCAAUUAAUGAAAUGGCUUUUAAAUAUACUCAAAGACAGACGAGAUAUAACUUAUCAAUAUUGAUCAUUCCCCUAGCAAGAAAUCAUUUGGCAAAUUUAAUUCUAUAAAAGAUAUUGACGCUUAAACUGGCAAUUCAUAAUCACCAGAAAGGAAAGACUAAAAAUUAAUAGAACAUCGAAUGGGAUUUUUUUAUGUUCAUCAUCCUGCUAUCAAGUAUAAUUGUGGGUAGCUUGACUGAAAAAGGACCGAUAAUUUUCAUGAAACUAGCUGAAGAGUAGCAUGGGCAAGUAGAUGCUUACCUAACACCUUCAAAUAUGAUAAUAGAGAGUAAUAACAAUUUUGAGCAAAGAGAUGCUGCAUUCCUAAAUUACACUAAUAUUGACUAUCAACUUUAGCUAGUAAAGAAAAAUUUAAAAUUAAGACGCACAUAUAAUCUUAGCCCAAGGAAAGUUUUUGCAGGGGUUAGCAUAUAAAAACUACAGAUGAGAUCAGAGUCUGAUAUUAAAUUUGAAAUACCAACUCACCAUUAUUACUAAUAAAAAUAGAAUGAGAAAAGCUCUCUUCAAGAAAUACUCAAAGCUCCGAGUAAGCUUGAUGAAAAGUUUUUUCUCUAAGAAGAGAGAGAUCUUUCGGAGAUUAAAACAGAAAAGACUUAAGAUCUAGAGGAUGAUUAUUUUUAUGAGGAAAUUAUAUUGCCUGAUUACAAUGAUUUAUAUGAAAUUGACUUGUUAGGAAAUAAGGUAUUUACUCAGAAGUUUCUAGAAAGUCCGAUUGUUUUUACUAGUAUCAAUGUUAUUGAUACUCUGUAAGAACGUAAAAUUAACAUUGGUACUAAUUAUGAUUUUUCAAAACUAAGAAAGGGUGAAUGUAUCUUGAGUAUUAAUGAAGCAGAUUAUGUAGAUGUAGAAGUAGGCGACAUUUUAAGAGUAGAAGUUUUUAUAGACUAACUCUACAUUCAACUGAUAAAAUCUUAUAACAUAUACGCCUAGGAGAAUAAUAAAACUUUAUUCAAGCAUGCUGGCCAUCUCAAUCAUAUAGAGAUGACUGUGUUUCCUUGUAUAAUCAGAGACUUUUUGUUUGAGAACAGCGGGAAAUUUGGAACAUCUAAACAAGACAGCCAUCUGAUUAUAGAGUUUGAUUAGUUUCUCCCUCAUUUAGCUGACUAUUUGCCUUUUGAUUUUUUUACUCAUUAAGAAUUUAGACAGUACGUCAAGAAAGUAGCAAACCUUACUGAAUAUAGUGAUUACCUAGUGAUGUCUCUGCCUAGUCCGAGAUACAAAUGGUAUUCUAAUGAGGACUACGAUACGACUUAAAGGAAAAUAACUAGUUAUGUGAAUAACUUCAUAAAUGAUACUGGAUACUAUCCCGUUUCCUCAAAACUCUACCUCUUAAAUGAUAUGCAAAAAUACGAUAGAGCUAUACUAAUAUACAAUUUAAUCUUCAAGCUAAUAGGAAUUUUCUUUAUGUAAAUAUCAGUGAUGCUUUUAGAUUCUAUUUUGACAAUAGGCGUUGAGGAAAAAAGUCUGGAUAUUGGGAUAAUUAGAAUGAAUGGAGAAUCUAAAGUUGGAAUUGUAUUUAUGAUUAUCACAAAGACGAUGAUGUUUGCGAUACCUGCAGUUUUAAUUUCAAUGUUGAUAGCAAUACCAAUCCUAUCAGUAAUAUACUCUUCUAUAUUCAAUGAAUAAGUAUCUAAUGGAUUUUCUCCAUUGCCUAGCUUCAAGUCAGCAUCUGAAGCAUUAAUGAUUGGAAUAUUUAUUCCGAUAGUAAGUUCAAUAUCUCCAAUUAUUAAGUUAAUGGGUUAAAACUUAAACGAUGCUUUGAGCUAUCAAAAGACAAAGAUUAGGGCUGUUUAUGUCGAGAUAGUAAAGACGAAUUAAGUUAAUAGAGUACCAAUAAUUCUUGGUGGUGUUAUUUCACUGUUAUUUGGUGUGAAUAUUUAUUACACUUUGCCUAAGUCACUUUUAUAUGAGGAUGUAGCUUUAUCGCUGGAGGUUUUUUUCAUGAUUCUUAUGGCAAUGUUCGCUGGUCUAGUCAUGAUUGCAAAUAAUCUCUAGAACUAUCUUGAAUAUGCUAUGAUAAAAGUCAUAUUUUUCUGGGAAAAGUAAGACAUCAAGACUCUUAUUCUAAAUAACAUGAAGGUGCAUAAUCUAAGAAAUAGGAAAACAAGCAGAUUAUUCGCUUUAUCUCUCGGUUUCAUCAUUUUUUUACUUGGGAGUUAUAAACUGCUAAGCAUGCAAAGAGCCUCUGGCACUGAUAAAACCUGGGGAAGUUAUCCUGCAUUCAGCGCAUGGUAGUACUAUUAAUUGAAACCCUAAGUGAUUGAGCCGAUUCUUUAAAGAAACAUAGACAAAAUUGAUUCAUUUACAUGGAUAACAAAUGAAGCUUCUUCCUUUUAUACAAUUAGGAAAACUGAGAUGUCAGAUCCAGGCUAACUGAAAAAGUUUACUUCUAAAGUAUUUGGAGUCACACCUUAUGUUUUUAAUAGGACUAACAAAGGUGAUUUUAUGCGAGAUUACCAAUAUUCAAGCCUUAAAACAGGCGAGAAUCUAUAUUCAGCGACAGGAUCAUAAGGAGCUGUUAUUUCUUAAUUUUCUGCAGGCCAGCUGGGACUAAAACCUCACUAAUAAAAUGACUCUAUGCCUUACUUCAUUGUGAAAUUGGCUUAUGAAAACUUUGUCAAGAAACCUUAAAAAGUUAUUAAACUGAGACCAGCAACAAUUCUUAGUAAUUCUCCCUACUUUUUUAUGAGUGAUAUUGAAAAUGGCUAUUAGCAAAGAAUGCUCUUAUCAAUUCCAAUGUACAUGUAAUUUAUGGAUCUCGGCACAAUAAGAGAAGUUUCUUAUAAGCAACUAAGUUUGAAACUACACAGCUGGGUAAGCAUUGAGUAAGAAGAUAAACUCACACAUGAAAUCAAAUAAAUAUUAGACCCUUCAACAGUAACAGUUCAUUCCAAAGCAACCUAAAUGUCCAAUUUUGACAGUAUAUUAAGCUGGAUAUUUGAUAUCAUAAUCAUAAUCACUAUGUUUCUAUGCUUCUUUUCAACAAGCUCAACUAUGAGUGCUAACUUGUACUAGUCUUCUAAGGAGAUAGGUAUAAUGAGAGCAGUAGGAAUCAGAUCUCAUAAACUAGUCAGACUAUACAUAUAUGAGACUUUUAUCUUGAUCUUAGCAUCUUCAUUACUUGGAUUAUUAAUAGGACUCAGUAUAUCCUAUAUUAUUAUGAAGACAUAUGAUGCUCAAUAUAAAACAGGUGUAUCAUUUUAUUUUCCUACUGAGCAACUAUUGCUUAUAACUUUUCUAUCAAUGAUAAUAGCUAUAUUCUCCACAUACAAACCUACAAAAGACAUUUUGAAAAUAAAGAUUGGCAAUUUAAUGAGAAUGAGUUGA